AUGCCGUCGGGAUUGGAUCUUUUAAUGGCCCGUAAGGAGCCGAAAGCUGAGGCAAUUCAAACCAAGGAGCAGAUGUCAGAAAGAAUGCCUUGGGUGGAAAAAUACAGACCUAAGAACUUGGAUGAGGUGAGCUCUCAGAAAACAACGGUGCAGAUCUUGAAGAAGAAUCUAGAAACAGCUAACUUGCCUCAUAUGCUUUUCUAUGGUCCCCCCGGUACAGGUAAAACUUCGACUAUUCUUGCAAUGGCCAAACAAUUAUAUGGACCUCGUCUUUUCAAGACCCGUGUGCUAGAAUUGAACGCUUCUGAUGAACGUGGAAUUAGUAUCGUGAGAGAGCGGAUUAAGGGAUUCGCACGGUUGACCGUUUCCAGGCCUUCGCAGGAAGACAAGGCAAAUUAUCCUUGCCCUCCUUAUAAGAUGAUUAUAUUAGAUGAGGCAGACUCGAUGACCGGAGAUGCACAGUCUGCACUAAGACGAACGAUGGAGACAUACUCGGGAAUAACGAGAUUUUGCCUAAUUUGCAACUACGUGACUCGAAUUAUUGAUCCGUUGGCUUCUCGAUGCUCGAAGUUUAGAUUUAAGUCUUUAGAUGAAGGCAGUGCGCUUACCAGGCUUGAGUAUAUAUGUGGCAAGGAAUCGAUUGAUGUGGAUACAAACAUUUUGAAAGAGAUCCUCAGGAUUAGUGAGGGCGAUCUCAGACGUGCUAUAAACUAUUUACAGAGUGUUAGCCGGCUCCUUUCCACCAAUUCAGAUGGGCAUAGUGCGAAAGAUGCAGACAAUGAUGUAGAGAUGUUGGACGCUGGUCCAGACUCACGUCAGUCAAAAAGAGAGCAAGUACGUGAAAUGUUUGGCUUCAUGCCCCUUGGCACACUUUCGGAGUUUGUAGGUCUACUUGAGAAAAAGAACUUGAACAAGAUUUUCGAGUUCAUUUUCGACAAAAUCAGCAAGGAAGGUUAUAACGGCUCAAUUCUAAUUGAGUCUCUUCAUGACAAACUUUUGCUAGGGUCCACAUCAGAUGAGGAGACAGACCUCAGUCUACGUCUUUCGAACAACCAGAAAAAUGCGAUCUCAAAGGUUCUUUUCGACACAGAUUGCCGUUUGACGGAGGGAUGUGACGAAGGAAUACAAAUCCUCAACUGCGCGGUAAAGAUCUCCAGAAUUCUAUAA